AUGGCCACCGAAUCCGCCAAUGCUCUCUCCCGUAGUCCGACCCCCACACAACCUUCCAACGACACCUUCGAUGCUAACUCCGAUAAUGAAGACGCUACAAACACCGACAUCUCCUCAAACUCUGACGAUGACGUCGAGGACUAUAAUGACGACGAUGGAGCAGAUCCUAUGGACAACUACUACUACCUCAACAACGCCUUUUGGAACAAUAUAAUCGAGUCCCUAAACGCCAUUACCAAAUCCUCAAUCGAUCCUUCAGUCGGAGUAUCCACCAUCUCAUUACGCAAAUACUACAUCCAAAAAAUAACCGAAUUAUCAAAUAGACCUGAAUACGAUGUCCCACUUACAUCACCCCCAUGUCCCUAUAUUAAGCUAAUAGCCGUAGACCAUAAUGGAGCAGACGAUGAUGUCGGACUCGAAUGUCCAUGUUGCUUACCCGAUGAGCUUCCAAGAUUGAAGCUUGUUGCGGAGGAUAUAGUCGGUGGUGUCAUAACUUGCAAAGAACUGUUACAGAGGUUUGCAACGUGGUUAUAUGGACCUGAUCAAGAAGAGCCGUUGGGGUUGGGGCAGGAAUCGGAGUUGGGACGGCCGGUGAACGGGCUCCCGGCUGGUGAAGCUGGCGUUGUGAAGUGGAAUUUUAUGACUCAUGGGAAAGAUCCAGAACUUGGUGAUGCGAUUAUGGGAUUACGGUUGUUUUUUUACUUUGUGAAGCCGUUGGUGGGGGGUGGGAGGUUUCAACCACCCGAAGAACUAGACGGUGGGGAUGAUAAUAUAGCCUGA